CAACAGGAGCCAUGCAGCAAGCAGCCAGGACGCAGGGGGACCGUCCGGACAGGAGCCUGGAGAAGGGGUUCCUGCUACUGCCGGAGCCCGAGCCCAAAUACGUGGAGAUACCGAUGUCACCCAGGAGGAGGACAGAGGACAGUCCCCACGGGGUGACAGUGACACUGACUGGAGUUACUUUAGGGAAGAAGGAGGACAUGGAGAGGGACAGACUGAGUGCAUGUGACUGGAAGAAUAAGGUGAAGGAGUUCAGCUGGCCAAGAGGGGAGACCCCUGGAGAUCACACGGGGCCACCAGGAAGCCUAUCAGAUGCCCCUGGCUACCACCCAAAUAUGGGGGGCAAAGGGGAGGAAAUGUCAGAGGGCACCUCGUCCCCCUUGUCCUCCCGCAGCCCCGCUGACAGUGACCCCCAGGCUGCCGCACCGCGCCACACCUGCUGCGCCAACGACGAGGCGCACUACAUCACCACCCACGAGAUCCAGCUGUGCGAGGCCGACCAGGAACCUGACUACCCGGAGUUUGGCUUGGCCCCCUCCACGUGGAGCGAGCCGGCGGACAGCGCCCCCUGCGCCUUCCUGGAGUACGCGUCGUUUGACAGCCAGGGGGGGACACCGACUGACAGCUACUACUUGAGCACCGCCAGCGACCCCCAGCCCACAGACAGCCUGGCCAGCACCGAGCUGGGCAGCACCUCCUCGGAGAGCGAGCCCUCGCCGCCCAGCACCCCCACACACCAGCCGGCCAGCCCGGACAGCUCCAAAGCCGGGCUCCCUGGGGGCCACAUCCUCCUAUCAAUCACCACCGCAUCCAAGGCUAUAAAGGAGCCCGGGACACUCAGCGCCACCACCGCCGACAAGCAUGAUACAGACAUGAGCAGCUUCUGUGUGUCCAGAGCCACCGAGAGCAAGGCAGCCUUCCGCCAGCAGCAUCACGGCUACCCCAGGGCGGCGGACAAUGCGCACAGGCUGGUGGCCAUCCCGGCACGGCUACAAGCCCGCAGCGGGGUCCAUGCCGACAUCUCGAGCGGAGCCUCCAGUGCGGUCAGCGAGUUGGACGACGCGGACAAGGAGGUUCGCAACCUAACCUCCAGAGCCUUCCGCAGCCUCGCCUACCCCUACUUCGAGGCUAUCAACUUCAGCUCCAGCGAGUCUACAACCUCUCUGUCCGACCAGAACAUCAACAGCUGGUCCUCCUACCUGGACUGGAAGGGCAGCGCCUUCCUCUCCCAAAAGGCAGAGCAGAACCUCCACAAGCAGAGCUCAUCCUCCUCCACCUCCUCCAAGCUCGGGCUGCACAAGCUGACCCCCGGCAAGGAACAGGUGUAUGUCCAAGCCAACAAGUCUCAGACCAAGGCUUUCGAGCUGGUGGUCAGCGAGCUAGCCCCCAAGGGCACCCAACUAAAAAAUGCCUCCAAGCGCAUCCAGUCCGGAUCCAGGAUCGUCACCUUAACAGAGACAUUGAACUUCAGCAGCAACGUGAAAGCCACCGAAGCCCCCGGGGGCUCCAGCAAGCCCACAGACCUUGUGCCGGAUGGGGUUACAGAGAGCCUGCCCUCCGUGCAGGAGGUCGCCAAGCAGAGCAGCACAGCCGAAGCUAUGGAAGGAGCUCACAAGUCCAAGUUCGCCUCCAGCCUCCUAAAAAAUGUAAUCUCCAAGAAAAUGCAGCGGGAGCAGGAGUUCAAGAUGGAGAGAGGAGAGCUGGUGGACACGUCCCAGAAAAACCAGGGCAACGUGUCCAAGGAGGCGGAUGGGACUUCCAAGGACAGAGGAUUCCAAAGGCAGAACUCCAGGUUCUCAGAGGCCAGCUCCGAUUUCACGUUAGUCAGUAGUGAGGACCCGGGAGAGUUCUUCGACUCCAAAGCAGCCACUCCGAAGGACUUUGCGCCAGUGGAGAGUCACCCGGCCAGCAAGACGGCACCCUUGGAGUCCCAGGGAGAGGAGAUUACAGCAGAAGGGAAGAAGAGCUCCACGGACGCAAUGAAAGGCAACUUUUUGCGCAGCCAGAACAGCGCGUUCAGGUCGUGGAAGGAGAAGGAGCUGGAGAAAAUAGAAAAGAAAAUCGAGGAGAAGGUGGCCAAGGCGAGAAGGAUCAAGAUACCGUUGGAAAGAGAUUGGAGGGCAGAAUUGGGCGAACUCUCUCCCAAUAAAUCCACAAAAAUGUCGCGCUUGUUUGUGCCGGGUCCCCAAAACAACCCCAAAGAGAAGCCCACUGAGAAGCAGGCCACCAAAUACUCCGUGUCCACCUAUGCCCACCAGACCUGCUACAGUCGCAACGAAGUGGACUUUAAAACUGAAAAACUACAUAUACUCCAAGCAACUGCCAGCAGCAGGAUUACCCCCGCCUUCACCCCCAAACCCCAGGAGAUCAAGCUAAGCCUGGGACUGUCAGGGGUGACCAAAGACAGCCCUUUCAAUAUAGCUAAACUCUUAACUCCCAAUCUGGCCUCCAGUGCAGCCAGUCUCUCCAAGGCAGCAGAAGAGCUGAGGAGCCAGCUGCCAUCUAGGUCUGAGGUCCUGGAGAAAAUGCCACAGUUUCUGGUGAGGGACGUCAGGGAGACCAAGCCGAAAGUGCAAGGACCCAUCCAUCAGGUGAGGGACGUGAGGAAGCUACUGAAGAGCUCCUACCACCAUGACACUGGGGACAAUAGCGACAGGGGCAGCGUGGUAUCCGACCAAAGUGCCACUGAUUCAAAAAACAAGUUGCCUGUGACACCCAAGAGCUCUUCCUCUUUGUCGCCUAUUGUCAUCACCUGCCAGGCAGUGAAGAGCAAGGAGGACGGAGCUGACAAUGAAGGUGACAAGACCCUGUCUUCGGCAGACACAAUCCUGGUACACCGGGCAUCUGGAAGGCUUCCCGUGGCCACCAUAGCGCCAAAUAAAACGGGUCCACGGAUGCCCGUGGUGAAAAUUGUCUCCAAAGCCAACAAGUGGAAGCAGGAGAAACCUAAAGAACCAGAGGUUAAGCCACCGGAGCCCAAAUCUCCCCAAUCUCAGGCAGCCUUGGAGAAGUUGACUGCUGCGGUGAAAACCAUGGAGCAGCUCUACGUGUAUGAUAGAAAGGAAUGGAAACGCAAAAGUGACCCCCAGCCCCUCAGCGGUAGCCAUGUUCUGUCCCUUAUCUCCAACCAAAAGGCACCUGGGGACGGGAAAUCGGUGGAUACUAAAAAUGUGUUCGAGGAACCAAGAAAAGCUCCCGUUCCCCAUAUCUUUAAAGCGCCUCUAGAGCGCAGGCACUCCAACCCUGGCGCUGAAAAGAUCUCGGCAAAACCACAUGUGACCGAAAACAAGACGCCACCCAGGACCUUCCAGGUGUCCAAGUUCACUGAAGGGAAGAGCCAAGAGCAGGCGGAGAAGAACAGAUCCAUCGGAGGAGGUAGCAACCGCAGCGUGUUCACAGUCAGCGCUGCCCCAGUGAAGACCAAGCAGCAGAACCUGGAGAGCGCACUGAAUAUCAGAAACACCCGGCCACAGCCUCCAACUUCGCUGAAAAUCCCACAAGAGGCGCCCAAGAAGCCAUCACAAACGACCUCUCAGCUGCCCUCCCCUGGCAGGAAAGCCAGCGCCGACAUGGAGAACUACCUCACCAUCCCGGUCAAGGUGGCAGGAGAAGACACAAGUGGAAAACCACCUGUAGCCUCCAGUGUUCGAGAACCUCCUGCGAAUACUCGAGAACCAACAACGAAUGUUCGUGACUCAACAGCGCUUUGCAGUCUGCCACCAUUCAGUACUAAAACUCAAGCGGCAAGUCCCAAGAGCCCCAUCAAGGCUCCCAACGACUGGCGUACCAAGGUCAACAAAGAUGGGGUGCAACUCAACAGAGCUUCCUCUACAGGGUCUGAACCUCAGUCCCCAGAUUAUGUUCCACCGGCCACAAUCUACCACCACACCAUGCCAGCUAUGCAAAUGGCAAUGUCUACUGCCCCAGCGCCAAUCUUUUACUCACCCCAAAUGUCCGCAGCCCCCCCUGCUGAACUGUACCCCCAACAGACCCAACGUAAAAUGCUGGUGGACUUAGCCACAGGACAGUAUUACCUUGUGGAUACUCCUGUGCAGCCAGUUAAACGAAGGCUAUUUGACCCCGAGACAGGACAAUAUGUGGAAGUCCCUGUGCCUCCUCCACCAGCUACCCCAGUCCCACUUCACAUGCCACCCUUAGCCCUCAGCCCUGGGGCAUAUGGAGCUGCUUAUAUGUUUUAUCCCGGUUUUCUGCCCACUGCUACAACUGCUGUUCUACCUGCUAACCCUAUGCAGACCCAACUCUCAAACCAGGGUGGUGAACACGCCUAUGAGAUACCAGUGAUGGAGGGGGCACAAAAUGCAGAAAUGAACUUACCAGAGGGCCCCUAUUACCUGGCCACUGGAUCUACCCCAGGUUGUCCAACAACAGGGCAACCAGGUAAUAUCAGGAGGGGCUCCCUAGGCUGCACAGAUGGCAAGCAGAUGAUCAGCAUCAUGUCCCAGCCAGGACCUAGGAUUGUUGCUCCACCGUCCUUUGAUGGCACCACCAUGAGGUUUGUUGUUGAGCACAGAUGAAAAUCAGCUAACAUAUCUUCCCUGUUGUUGACCUCUUAAUACUGGACAAGUAUUCCUGAAUGGUUCUAGAGGACGUGGACUUGCAUAAAGUUUGGAGAGUUAGAAAGAUGUCUUCAAAAAUGCUUGGUACCCGCACUUCGAAACACUGUGGACAGGAGAUACAACUGGAUAGAGCCCCUGAAAAAGCACCAGCACAGCUUGUAAAGUUGUGUGAGUUUGGGUUCAUAGAACAUAGCAUAUUUUGAUGAAAAUAGAGUUCCAGUGAUGACUUUAUUUAAAUCCUAUUGGUUUCUGCAUAUUUGGGUUGUGCCUUAUUGCAAGUUCUCAGGAUCUGUAAGAAAUGCUAAUGUAUAUGAUAUAGGUGCUUCUGCUAUGCAUUUGUGCUUGUAUUGAUUCAUGUGUUAAUCUUUGAAGGCCUGGGGGGGAAGGAGCAGAGCUUUACCUGUUGGGUGCCUUUCAAAGGAUUUUAUCUCAUCUACUGAUUAUAGAAAAGUUUCUCCCAUGGCAUGGAAUGUAUUGGUAUACAUGUAAGAUAACAUUUCAGAAUGUUCUCAGUAUGUCACAAUAAGUUGCAUUAGGAACGUUUUAUUUUGAAUGUUCUGUAUACUGCAACUGUAUAUAGUUUAUGGUAUAAGACACACUUCACGAUCUAUGACGUGUGUAAUUUGGGUCAAGUCAAGUUCUUUUAUUCUUACGGGUACCAUACAUGAAUGUAAUAUUUUCCUUUGAAUAGCUGCACAUAGGUUAAACAACUUUAUUUUAAUGAUUAGUGCCUUAUAUUAAUACAGUGCCUUAUAUUAUUACAGCAAGAACCACGAUAAUUUGAACAAAUCAGGACUCAGAUGCUGUAUAAUGCAUACUGUGCAAUACAUGUCAAUAAAUAAAAUAGACUUAUUAAUGAGUGAAAUUAUGUUCACUGCUAAAUGUUA